CUAUUCGGACUAUCAGUGCGUCCCAAUGCGGUACAUUUGUCACUAGUUAUUCAAAGCUACUACAUUUAAAGAUUAUUAUUAGUAAACAAUAAUGUUGUAGUAGAUUAUAAUGAUGAUUGUCAUAAGCCUUGUGAUAGCCCUGCUAUCACUAACCGAGGGCCUCCCAACCAGCGGCCUCCAGCUCCUGUUCCCGGCGCUCAGGCAGUACACCUACGAGAUCAAGACCAACAUCAGCUGCGGAACCCUGGCUCCGGUGGAGAGCGACUCCUACUGGACUUUAGAGGGGACUGUUCUGGUGCAGGUGUAUGAUAAUUAUACGAGGGUGAGGUACACGCUCGGGGAUUUGAAGACAUCAAUAUUCAGCAAACACCACGGCUAUGUCUCGUACAAGAAGACUGAAGCCGCCCAGAGUCUGCAGGAACCCUGGGAGGUGGACUACCAGGAAGACGGCAACAUCGACCACCUGUACGUGUCUCCACAAGAGCCUCUGUGGGCCACCAACAUGAAGCGAGCCCUCUCGUUCAACAUGCAACUGAAGAGAGACGUCGGCACGUAUUAUAAUAUUGAGUCGUGCCUCUACCAAACAUACAAGGAUUGCCAAGUAGUCUACGUAGCCAAUGGCAACACCAUAAGGAAGUACAACGCUCUUCACAUAUUGUCCGAGAACUCUGGCUACAACAGCUGGAUGUCCGUGCCUAUGGACUUCAGUAAGGCUGCCUUCUUCGGAGGUCCGGAAGCCAUGUACAGCGGUCCUGGGGACUAUAAUGGACCACUGGAUAACAUAGGCACGGCAGAUAGGACCUACGAGCUGGACGAUAAAAUAGGUCUUAUGAGCCUAGACUUAAAGAGCGUAUUCCAACACAAAACUAGAAGUCACAUAAUGGCGGUUAUUACAGAAUUAUCCCUAAACUACGACAGCGAUGCUCCUCUAGACAAAAUAGACAAGUUGGACCUGGUUAAGACCAACAAACAAUACGUCAGCAGAGGUUACAUUGACCCCACUAACGGGAUCAGGAACUUGACGCAAGCCGAUUUGAGGAACAAAACUUAUGAGAUCCUCCUCCACAUUGCCAGUAAAGGGAUAGACGCAGACAACAUAGUCCGGAAUGCCUCCAAAAUACACAGCCUGGACUUCGUGAAUCUUUUGAAAACCAUGUCACAACUAGACUACGCGGCUCUCCACAAGUUGUUUGAAGACAUGGUCCUAGGCACCAGCUACGACAUAGAGACUUCUAGAAACAUCUUUCUAGAAGUCUUACCUCAUGUCAGGACUAAUGCUUGUGCGCUGUUCAUCAAGUAUCUUGUUAUUGAGCAAAAGAGUAAGAUCGAGGACGCGACGCUGCUGUCCCUGGUGAGGAAGCUGCCGUUCAACGUGGCCAACCACAGCCAGCAGCUGCUGGAGGAGCUGGAGGUCUUCACCAGGCUAGGUCUAGACUUCUCCGAAGACAUCAGAUAUGCGGGCAUCCUUAGUUUCGCCACACUGGUCUACAAGGCGGCAGAAGUGAGAAGAGUCAAACAGGACUACUUCGACAAUAUCGUCGUCAAGUACUUCAGGAUGUAUAGCGAUUGCCCUCAAUACAUAGACCGGCUGGUCUGGCUGCAAGGUUUAUCUAACAUCCAGUAUUCAAUAGAGAACUACAUGUGGACUGUCUAUAACAAUGCCUCUUUCGAUCGCCAUGAACGGUUCUGGGCUAUAUUGGCUACGACCCCCGUUUUUGCUCCUACGGGUUACGCAGCGACCUGGCACAUCCUCAUGAAUGAGAAAGAGCACAUCCAGAUCAGGAUCGCGGCUCUCCACUCCAUCCUCAGCUCCAAGAUCCGCCCGAGCGAGCUGCUCUCCAUCCACAACUACAUACUCGGGUGUAAGGACCAGCAGCUGAAGAGGUUCUGGUACACCACCGUCAAGAGUUUGGAUAGCAGCAAGACGUAUAAUGGAUAUCGGGUUGCGUCCAACUACAUCCCGUUCCUCACCAACCAAGUGAACAACCCGGACUCCAAGUACUGGGCAACCGGGAACCACAUCGUGGGAACCUACGACGAGGAGACGGCGACGGGGGCCAUGCUGCAGCUGCUGAGCGUGGGCGACCCCGCCAGCGGGCUGCCCGCGCUGCUGCAGCUCCGGGUCAAGACUGUCAGCGAGCUGAUGGCUACCAGCGAUGUUGGGAUAUUCAUAAAAGCGGAGGGCGUGGCCACCAACAUGUUCCAGAAGAUCCACAGCAUCAGCUCCGAGGAGCUGGACGUGGGCCGGCUGGUGGAGGUGCUGAGGAAGAUGAAGGUGCAGACUGUGACGCCGGAGAAGGUCCACAUUGAAAUAGUUCUAAAGAUCCACGACAAGACGGUGUACGCGACGCAUUUCAACCAAUCACGGUUCGACAGCUGGAACGGGGAAGACUUGACAAAAUCAAUCGAAGACUUCCUGCGAUUUGGCAGCCACAUCAACCAACAAGUGGUCUAUUAUCCGUUCCAACUCGACGCCAACAUCCCGACUGAACUAGGCACCCCGGUCCGGCUGCAGACGGCGCUGGUGUCAUUCUCCUCCGUGCGGGGCAACCUCACCGCGCCCUCCACCCACGACCUGACCUGGAGGAACGAUCUGCACUUCAGAUACCAAGGCACAGCAGUGACCUCCCUCAGUACGGACGGUCCGCUCCUGCAGUCGGAGCACACGGCGCGCGUCCAGCAGUCCGUCGUGGCGCACGUGCCCAUGAAGUUCGAGGUCUUCUUCUCACCCAUGACGAGGAGUUUUGAAUUAAGAUGGCCGAACCCAACUGCCCAGAACGCCGGGCUGGCGAUGCACUCCCGGGCCCAAAUCGCCAUGGAGUCCCUGAAGGGGAAAGACACGUAUACCAUCAGCGCUGCGGAGACACAAACACUCGAUGAUGAGACGGGUCUGUUCUUCGACUGCGAUCGGCCGAUGACGAUGGCAGAGCUGAUUGAGAAAUUGCUAGCGUCAAAUACUGCGAGUUAUGACUUCCUGACAAAACUCCGCCCAUCAGUCCUACUCCUCAACGGCCUUCUCCUGUUGUCGGCCCCGCCCUCCGGCUCGUGCGGGCUGGUGGUGGGCGGGCGGAAGCCCAAGGCCGAGGACACGAUGCUGAAGCUGCUGGUCCACUGUGAGGAGUUGAGCCUGAUCCCUGAUGAGAAGGUCAUCGCGAGGGUCGCCAACCAUUUGGUUUACAGCGAAAACCGCCCCAACGGCGAAGUAUUCCUGAACGUGAGCAGCCUGGCCCAGUUCGAGAGCGUCGGCGGCAACGCCACCUUCGACCUGCAGGUGUCGGGGGACCAGCCCUACGCUGAUGAUGACCAUCCCAAGAGGUGGAAGAUUGGUUUAAAACAACAAGACGUAUCACACGGGCCAAUAGACCAAGACAUCACACCCAACCCUGUAUCCUACGACGGCUACUUGACUUUGACCUUUACUGCAGACGAGAAGGUGGAAGGAAGCCAGUUCCUAGUCCAGUACAAGGGAGCCCCGAACGAUAAGGUCGAUAAUGGCUUGGAGAGAUAUUUUGAAGUGAAAUUGAGUGGAAGUAAGUUGCCAAGGCUCGAGGUUCUGGCGGAGAACGGGCUUGGCUCUCAUCCAGCCCUGGGCCAGGUGUUGCGGAGUUUUGAGCAGGACCCACUCAAUGUCACCGCCGUUGUGAAGGAGAAGAACGGCCUAGCGUCGGUGGCCAUCAACGCGGGUCGCCCGAUGCGGCUGAAGCUGGACAGCUUCGCCUGGCUGCUGGACAGCUGGUCCAACAUGCAGGUCAUGGAGAAAUUCGGCAUCUACCGUGAAUGCCGAGUGUACGAGUCGACAGUCCUGACUCUUUCCGGGGUAGUUGAGCGCCUGCCUCCACUGCAGUGUGCGGAGAGCCUCGCCCUGGCUGACUGCUCUGAUAACCCUCGCUUCGCAGUCCUACGCACCAAGGAAGGUGGUGUGAAGCUGUACACGGGCGGACACUCCGUCCUGGUGUCUCAGUUCAAGGACAAGCCCCUCAUCAUCAUCAACGGUGAUGUGGUGGGGUGUGAGCACGGGUGCUCCUUCCCUGAGGGGCAGAUGCAGGCGGAUUUCAAAAUAACGAUCUUAGGGGAAGUGACGAAGGUGCAUUCUCGGGUGAGCGGAGUGCAGGUGUUCCACAGGGCAGGCGAAACAGUGAUUUUAGCCCCACAUUCUUACAUGUCUACAGUAUGUGGGUCGUGCACGUCACAACACUACUAUAAACUAUGUUAGAAAUAAGUCGUAAUUUUAUUAUAAUGCUGUUUCAGUAAUAAAUUAUUAUGGAAUUAAAAUGA